AUGUCUAUUAUAUGCAAAAUACAAAUUACACGGUCAUGUGGACCAAUAUUCAAAAUAUUUUUCGCUCAGUGUCAGUUCAGCUGGAAGGUGGCUGUGUCCUUUACUUGUCUUCUCACCGUUUAUUUUUUCUUGUACCAAAAUGUCAACUCCGUAUUCGGUGAGCCUCUUCUCUUUCGCUCCCUAAUGGAGGCGAUCAACAAGAAUUCCCCGUUCGACCGGACGACUUAUCAUCACGGUACACGAGUCGUGUUGAGUAUGGACGGAAACACCACACUACACAGUCAGCACGUGGCGUUGUCGCCCAACUCAACCCACCUUUCCAGUUCCAACAAUGUUUUAACAGCCGGCGGUAAAGUGUUAUCUUCUUUAAAGUCGGCGCUGCAAGCCACAGACCAAAGGAAGCAGUGUACGGCCGAAGGCUGGUACGCCUUACCUAUUGGCCGUACCGCAGCCGGCGGCGCUCCCGUCCUUAAAGACAUGUUCAGGGAGGUGAUGACUCGAUUCCAGUCCCUGUUCUAUGCCUUUUCCAACGCUGACAUUCUUUAUGACAAUAGCCUCAUCCAAACUCUGUUUGCUACCGCGAAGACGCAAGAUCUCAACAAGCCCAUUUUGAUGGUAGGGAUCCGUACCAAUGUGCAAAACGUGAUGCCGCAUGAGGUGAUCACGUGGGACGCGAUGAAGAGCACGGCCAAGCGCCGGGGCAAAUUGUUUCUGCGCAACGCCGAGGACUACUUUAUCACGUCUUUCAGUUACCCGUGGCAUUCUAUACCGGACGUAGUCAUUGGCCGAAGGGCCUACGACAACUGGCUGGUGUUGAACGCGCGCAAAAAGAAGCAUUUACUCAUCGAGAUCUCGGACACAGUCCUUGCUCUCCACCAGACCACAAAGGCCGGAAAUUUCGAAGGUCACCGUCACCGUGAUGGCAACUAUAACCUCAGACUAUUGACCCGACUCUACGGCAAGAUUCAAUACGGGGCCGGAUCCACAAUAUGCGCUCCUAUGAAAUCUAACCGAGGAUUAAAUAAAACGGUGAUCUUCACACGACGGAUCAAGCUUAUGAAAUUAUGCUAUCCAAUAUGA